UUCAAAGAGUUAAACUGGGCCUUCAUGAAAUCGUUGCCUUGCGGUGACUCUACUCGGCCGGAUGGAUUUUACAACUUAGCCGCCCACUUCCCAGUCAAUGCGUUGCGCCCCGAUCUAGGGCCGAAAAUGUAUAUAUCGCAUGCCUCAGUGCAUGAGGGCAUACAUGUCGGCUCUACUUGGUUGCAUCUAGACGUGGCGGCUGCUGUCAAUAUCAUGCUAUGGGCGGGCUGCGAUGAUGAUGGGAAACCAGGAUGUGCCCGAUGGCUCAUUUUCGCACCUGAUGAUCGGGAGCGCCUGCGCUGCUUCCUCCGCAGGAAGCUUGACGUUGCGCAAGAUGUCGACCCACUGCUGGCGCAGAAUGUCUUUGUUGACGAUGAAAUGGUCGAAGAGCUCACAGCUGAGGGCAUCCGCGUGCAUAAGAUCGCACAAUACCCAGGUGUCGCUGUCUUCAUCCCUCCCGGUGCUCCUCACCAGGUUAGCAAUGCUGUCGACGCAUCAAAGAUAGCAGUCGACUUCGUUCCGCCAGAGUCUCUCGAGGACAUCCAGCAGCUAAUGAGAGAAUUUCGCAAAGAUCGGCUGACACCAACGGCGACUGUAGACGAUGAUCUUCUCCGAUUGAGUGCAACCGUCUGGUAUGCAUGGCUUUCGAUA